GAGCAUCUCCUGGUGGAUUUUCCGGACGUACCAAGGAAUCACAUUAGGAAAACACUAUUUGCUCAUGGCAUUCUGUAUGCUCCAACACACCUCUUUCUGCGUGAUGAAAAGCGGCGUGGGCCGCCUUUUAAGUACAUUCCAAAGGGGACAAUCAACACUUCAUCUCUCAAGGGGAAAGGUCGGGCGUUGGAGGAUGCUGAAUUUCAACGGGAGCGCGCUUGGCUAUUAGAAAAGCUGAAGGAUGAAGACGUCAAGUUGGAUAGAAAUACGGCUGAGCAAUUGGAUCAACAGGGGGGUAUGGAGUGCGGAUGCUGCUUCGGGACAUACCCUUUUGACAAAAUGGUGCAAUGCCCGGAUGCGCAUCUGUUCUGCCCAGGAUGUGUGAAAUCUUACGCAGAAACUUUGCUCGGUGUCCAUAACAUUAAUAUCAACUGCAUAGAUCAGUCGGGAUGUAAUCUUGCAUUCCCUGUCUCAAUUCUUCAAAAGGUUCUUCCUGGUAAUCUCCUGGAGCUGUAUGAGCAUGUCAGGCAGCAGAACGAGAUUGAAAUGGCUGGUCUGAAGGGCCUUGAAGAGUGCCCUUUCUGCGAUUUCAAGUGCAUUAUUGAAGGCCCUCGCGGCAGUCUAUUCCACUGUGGUAAUAUGAAAGCCUGUGGGGCUAUCACUUGUUGA